AUGCGACAGCCUCGAUCUCUAACACACUCUCUCGCAACGUCUGCUAUAAUCUACAAUGCACUAUUCAAUGCCGCUCCGACAUUCGCGCAGGAAGCGGGCUCCAUUGUCCAAGUCGGCGACACUCUGGUUUCUGCAAUGAUGAUGUUACUCGGAAAUGAGGAAAAAGUAUACAUGAUGGAUAAAGUGGAAGGAAACGCUCAAAUAAUAAACGGCCAUCCAGCCUGGGGUGCUGAGUGGGACAUUGCCACGAACAAGGCAACACCAAUGGACAUGAAUUCCAAUGUCUUUUGUGCGUCAGGAAUGCACUUUCCCAAUGGCUCUUUCGCGACCUUUGGUGGCAACGGAGCUAUCGGACCUGGCGGAAACGACUACGACGGCACCAAGGCGAUUCGUAUCCUGGACCCCUGCACAACUGGCAACUGUGCUUGGUUCGACAAUGCCAACGUUCUUGCCAUGCAGAGAAAGCGCUGGUACUCGACCGCUGAGCCUUUGGCGGAUGGAAGCAUUAUUCUCAUUGGUGGUUUCGUCAAUGGAGGAUACAUCAAUCGUAAUACUCCGAACAUUGAUCCUGCGUACGAGGGUGGUGCUGCAGAGCCUACUUAUGAGUAUUGGCCAAGUCGAUAUAGCAAGAUUUUUGCGCAGGCCAACUACUCUACCAUUAUGUGGGACCAUGACCAAAACAUCGAGACCAAACUUCCCGACAUGCCCGGCCGAGUUAUCCGCGUGUAUCCUGCUUCGGGGGCCGUCGCCAUGAAGCCCCUCACUCCCGAAAACAAUUGGACUCCUGACAUCCUUUUCUGCGGAGGCUCAGACAUGCCAGAAGAUGCUUGGGGCAAUUAUUCUUAUCCCAAUAUCAACACAUGGGACUAUCCCGCUUCUACCGAUUGCCAUUCGAUUAUUCCAGAACCUACCGAUAACUCCGCUCCUACUUAUGUCAAGGAUGACGACCUUCCUGAUCCUCGUACCAUGGGUCAGUUCAUCUUGCUCCCGGACGGAACUAUGUUGGUUAUCAACGGUGCCGCCAAUGGUACUGCUGGUUACGCUCAAGCUACUGGUCAAACCGCUCUCUACGGCGACAUGCCUUGGGGCAUGAGUCUGGCAUCCGCUCCCGUAUUCAAGCCUGUAAUCUACGACCCGACUAAGCCCUCUGGAAAGCGUUGGUCAGACAAAGGUCUCUCAGAAUCCAAAAUUCCUCGUCUUUACCACUCGUCUGCCAUUCUGCUCCCCGAUGCGUCCGUGUUGGUGGCAGGAAGCAACCCGAAUGUUGAUGUCAACCUUACUACGGCCUUCCCCACCGAGUACAGGGCCGAAAUCUUCUACCCGCCUUAUUUCGCCAAUAUUAGCUCUCGCCCUGUUCCACACAACUUGCCUACCAAGCUCGGAUAUGGCGGUGAUUCCUUCGAUAUCGAGUUGGGCCCAGAGUCUUAUGCCGGAAACGCCAACGACGCUGCCAAAGCCACUAAAGUCGUGCUUGUGCGCCCCGGAUUUACGACCCACGCGAUGAACAUGGGCCAGCGAUACGUCCAGCUGAAUAAUACCUUCACCGUCUCGGACACAGGCAACAUUACCCUGCACGUCUCCCAAGUUUAUCCCAACCCCAACCUUCUUCAACCUGGUCCUGUGCUGAUGUUUGUGGUCGUUCAUGGGCUGCCGAGCGUGGGCAAGAUGCUGACCGUUGGAACCGGAAAAAUUGAGGCUCAACCCACGGCGGCUAUUGCUGAAAAGAGCAACAAUGACUUUGCCCCUGGUAUGGCUGCUGUCAGCCGAGGACUUAGUAUUUCGGCGACUGGUCGACGUGCUCAAGGCGAAAGCCGUUCGUGGAUCACCGUUCGUCCCAGGCGUCGAGCGCUUUUGUUCCUCUCCAGCAGUACAACAAUAGUACUCGAACGGCAGCAACUCGAGUGCUCCAUACGGGCUGGCGCGGCCUACGCUACAGCCUCUCAAGUGCCGCUGCAGGCAUACGAUGACUCCCAUGGGCCGCAGACGCAUGGCCAGUACGGCGAUCACCAGUAUGGCCACAAUGGAUACCAGUCAGGUGGGGGUGCAAGUUACGAUAAUUAUGGUGGUUCGGCGCAAACUCAAUAUGAUCCAUACUACAACCCGGAUGACCGGCGGUGCAAACGAAGGACGACGGUGGGACCCGCUCCCGAAGAGGAAGAGCCGCGUGUACCCGUGUCUCCGACUGGGAGCGUUACGUUCGGAUUCCUAGACCACUACUCUGCUCGACCUGGCGGAGGGGCACACCCACCUCCAGGACUAUCGAACUUGAGACAACAACAAUAG